UGGAGAGUUGCGCUCAAGCGCGCACCUCUGUCUCCACUCACUGCGGUAGUAACGGGUCAAGCAGGCGGGCAGGCACCGGGCAACCUCGCUCCACUUGUUCCGGCGCGUCUCUAUACUCGCUUCAGGACCUAUUCAAAUAGGACAUAUUUAUCCGCUCCAAUAAUCUCUUUGAGACUGACGAAGGGACAACUUUUGGUAUAUUUCGUCGUGAUUUUUUCGCUCUUCUCCCAUCUUUGACGAAGAAGCUCGUGCUUUCUCGUUGAGAGAGGAUGGGACCGCUCCUCCUCUCCAUCGCCCUGUGCGUGAGCGCCGCUGUCCCGCAGCAUGUGAUAGGGCCUUGCCACCCAAACCCUUGCCAUAACAGAGGGUCAUGUGAGAUCAGUGAGACCUACAGGGGCGACACCUUCAUUGGUUAUGUCUGCAAGUGUCCUCUUGGCUUCAGUGGAGUUCACUGCCAGCAUAAUAUAAAUGAAUGUGAAAGGGAACCAUGCAAGAAUGGGGGCCUUUGCACGGAUCUUGUUGCAAACUACUCCUGCGAAUGCCCUGGGGAGUACAUGGGAAGCAAUUGUCAGCACAAAUGCUCUGGACCACUGGGCAUGGAAGGCGGCAUAAUCUCCAACCAGCAGAUAACAGCCUCGUCCACCCACCGGGCUUUAUUUGGCUUGCAGAAGUGGUACCCGUACUUUGCACGCCUGAACAAGAAAGGUCUGGUGAACGCGUGGACUGCAGCUGAAAAUGACAGAUGGCCGUGGAUUCAGAUCAACCUGCAGAGGCGAAUGAGAGUCACGGGCCUAAUUACCCAGGGUGCCAAGCGAAUUGGCAGCCCAGAGUAUGUCAAGUCAUACAAAGUGGCUUACAGUGAUGAUGGAAAGACAUGGAGAACUUACAAAGUCAAGGGCAAAGAUGAGGACAUGAUUUUUAGAGGAAACGUCGAUAACAACGCUCCGUCAGCCAACUCCUUCACUCCACCUAUGGAAGCCCAGUUUGUGCGCAUUUAUCCCCAAGUGUGCAGAAGGCACUGUACACUUCGGAUGGAACUGCUUGGAUGUGAGGUAACAGGUUGCUCUGAACCAUUGGGGAUGAAGUCUGGUCACGUCCAGGACUACCAGGUUACGGCUUCUACCGUGUUUAGGACGCUCAACAUGGACAUGUUCACGUGGGAACCUGGAAAAGCCCGGUUGGAUAAGCAGGGCAAGGUGAAUGCUUGGACUGCAGGACGUAGUGACCAGUCACAGUGGCUGCAGGUGGACUUGCUGGUGCCGACCAAGAUCACCGGUAUAAUCACCCAGGGAGCUAAAGACUUUGGACACGUGCAAUUUGUCGGCUCGUACAAACUGGCUCACAGUAAUGAUGGCGAACGGUGGAAAGUAUACCAAGAUGAGAAGCAGGGAAAGGACAAGGUCUUUCAGGGGAACUUCGACAACGACACACACAGAAAGAACGUGAUAGACCCGCCAAUCUUUGCUCGGUUCAUCAGGAUCCUUCCGUGGUCGUGGUAUGGCAGGAUCACAUUGCGUGCAGAAGUACUCGGUUGCCCGGUGGAGGAGUGACAACAUUUCCUGCACCUUGCUUUCUCCAUCCCUCCCGUCUUUAACGGUAUACUGGCGAAUGUCACCCAGUAGUGGAAAAAUAAACUGUGCAACCUGUAAAAAACAAGAAUUUGAUUUCCAGUACAUUUUUUCUUAAGAAUUUGUGAAAAGUCACCAUUAUUAGUUUAAUAUUGUACAAUAAUUUAAAGCAGUUUUUUUUUAAUUAGUUCAUUUGUUUACAGUGUAAUUAUUGCCUUUUUAUUGUUCUUGAAAACUGUAAUAUAGGUGUGGGUUGUCUGAGGCUUGGGUCUCAAUGUGGAUUUGCCAUAUAAACUAUUGUAAAAAGUCACUUUUUAAACAGAGUAUGUGUUGGACAUGUUGCAUUAGCACCUGGGCACACACACACGCACGUCAUCUUGUCAGAUCUAUUUUUACUUUGUUAGGUCAUGCUUUUCACUUGAAUCACUGCAUCAACCAAAAAACUAAUAAUGCUCUUGUAUUGUAUUUAAAAGACUAGGAAAUUGCAUGGUGCAUAAAUACAAAGACUGCUUAAUAUGACAAAUGAGUCAAAACCUCCAUCCGUGAACGGAAUGGCUUCAAUUUGGGGCAUUAUUCACUUUGAAAUUGUUCUGAAACAUGUCAGUCAUUGCAUUACUGAAACAGAUGUGACCUAUCUCAAUGUUCAUACAUGUAUGUAUUCAUUAGAGGUCGACGGAUAUUUGAGGCUGAUAUACUUUUUUUUAAAAUGGCCAGUAGGUGGUGCAAAAUCACAAUUAACGAAGGUCAUCGUCUGAGCAGUGAACAUAAAUUAUCCAAUUAUAUGGGCUAAAUAUCGGCUGAUUUGGAAAAAUUCACAUAUUGGCCCGAUAUAUCGGCUAGCCAAAAAAUCGGUCCAACUUUAUAAAAAACAUCAUCACCAAUACAGUGGGCAUAAGUUCUGUUGUAUCAGCUACAUAUCAGCCGAUUGCCGAUCUGAAAAAAAAAACAAAAAAAAAAACAUAUCAGCCGGCCAAUAUUUCGGUCGACCUUUAGUAUUCAUUAAUCUUAUUUUGUAGAUUUGUUUAUUUUAUGUGCAUUUUGUAUUUAUCUGAUCAUUUCUGUUGUUUUUUUGUCAAUGUGUAAACUGAAUUUAUUUAAAAAAAAAAGUAAAAUAAAAAAGCUCAGGAUAUAUAACACACACAAUAUUGUGCCAAUAUCUGCACAUUUAUAUUUGAACCGCAAUGUUCACUUAGUAGGAUUCAGCCUGAAUGUGAGCCAUCUAACUGCAUUACAUUUGACAUGGCAACAAUCUCUAAUUUUAAAAGGGUAUCUGAAAUGAAUUACAUGCUAACCUGAGCUCACACUCGCAAUAGUCAUGAUAACAGUCAUGUGUCACAUUACUGAUGAACUUUAAGGCAUUUAUCCACUUAUUUCAUAUUGUCCAAAUGCAACCCAUCCAAUUUGAGAUUGCAGUGUAGCCUGAAAUGGAAAAAAUUGUGACGACAGCUAUCGGCCGAAAGUAGCUUAAAAUGCAUUGUCGGUAGAGCUGUGACCAAAUAUUUAGUGAUGACAACUAUCAGCUGAAAAUAGCUAAAAAUGCAUUGUCGGUUUUUGGUUUUAACGACCAAAAGAUUCCGACCGAAGAGAAUAAAGAACCUUAGUUCUUUUGUGAUGACGUCAUCAAAACACGACGAGAAGCAACAUCCUAGCUGACACUAUCUCGCUAGCACUACUGGCUCACAGCCAACAUGUCUGCGGUUUGGAAUUUGUAAAGAAAAUUGUACAAAUUUUUACUCCGGUGGUAAACAUUGAGGCUUGAUAAAUGAAAACCGAUAAUACAUUUUUAGCUAUUUUCGGGCGAAAAUGCCUGAAAAAAUUUAUUUGGAGAAAAUAAAAUUAUUUCAUUUAAUGGUCCAACGUUUCGUUUCGUUCAUCUGAAAUUCAAAUUUAGGGAAGCGAAACUUUAAAGGGAACUUUAAGUGAAAUGGCUUGCUAUAUUUAAAUUUUAUUAGCUCAUCUAUUAUAUACAACCUUUGAAAAUAAUGUGUGGCUUAAUUUAAUAUUAACAAAACUUUUGUUUCGUCACACUGUGGUGAUGUAAAAUAUAUUUUAUGUUACGUAUCAAUUAAAAAGGGACUGCAGUGUGUUCCCUUCAGGUUGUGAGGACAAUUGUUGCAUAUUCCACCAGCUAUAAGGGGACAGUGUCAACUCAUUAAAAAAAAAAAAUUCCUGGGAGGAAAUUUUACGGCGACAUUAAUGCUGCUCUCCUGAUCAAAGAGCUGUGCACGUCUUUCUGUGAGUGCAUCUUUGUUUUUGUCUUGGGCCAGCCAUGUUACGUGCUUUUGUUUACUUUAUUAGUUAUGUGUUCUUGAAUUGACAGCCCUGCUUCACUGUGUAAAGUUAGCAUAAGCUAUGCUAAUUGCGAAGCUGUGCUACUGGUGUGUUACUACGAUGUUACUCAUACCACUUUCCCACUGAAACUAGUGGGUCAACGCGCGUUUUUCCAAGCCGAUGCAUCCCACUAGCAAUUGGCAUUUGGCACCUUUCCCAUUGACGAAAAAAGCCGUGUCUUUUUUUUUUUUUUUCGCCCGUCUAACCCCCAACCCUCCUCAGCCGUGUGUAAGGUGCGUGACGUCACCACACUAAGAUGCGCUUCGACAAGUGCGACCGAAUUCAUUCAGUUCAAGGAAGUUAACAAUGCAAAGCAACAUGGAAGCCUCCUUUCCGUUUGUGUUCUCUGUUUUCAUGCGUUUUACUGCCCGCAAAAUGGUCGAAAUGCAGCAAAGGAUCAACACUGUGCUUGUGCUGAGGCAACGUAGGCGACGUAAAGUUUUGGUUUGAAAUUGAAAGGAGUCGUGUACGUCACAGGAGGAGGAGAAGAGCCUUUGUUUCGUCUGUUAUGGCUAUUGCUAACGCUGCUACACCGACUGUUCGCCGUAUGUGGAUCCGGGCUAGAGCACAUGGUUUUUGUUUUUUGUUAUGACGCAUCACGUACUAGCCUACAUCACCACGUAGAUUAGGGUGUUGACUGUUGACCCGGGGUUUUGCUUUCACACUGCAUGGCGAUCAGAGCCGAGGUGAUUUUAACGCGGGUCGCUUGGCGGGUUGAUUGACACGGGUCGAGGCGGGUCGCUGCACCUUUCCCACUGCCACCAAAAGCCGAUUGUUAGCGGGUUGACACGGGUUUUUUGGCCAGUGGGAAAGGGGUAUCAGUGUUGUUUUUGGAAGCCCUUCUAAUUUUUUGUUCUAGUCUUUAGGACAAACAUACUUAUUAGUCUUCAUAUAGUUUUAGUCGACCCUUACUCUAAAUGUUUUCAUCUGUGAAAUUCAUUCAGUGCAUUCAAGUUUUAGUCCAAAAAUGAAUAAAGGUUUCCACAAUUUCGGAUGACUAUUGACAAACAUGCACAUUUUGUACCGUCUACAUAGACAACGCCAACUUAUAAUACAUAUACAGCAGGAAAACAGUGUAAUAUUUUUAGUGAAUUAACCAACCUGGAGGCCACAAACUAGAUGUAAAAAAAAAAGUUGGGGAUUAAAAGAGAUUAAGAUGAUGCUCGCCACACUAAAUGCUAAUGCUAUGAGUUACAUUUACUGUGCGAUGCUCGCUCAGCACAGACUUUCAAGGGCUAAAGCAACAUUGCAUAUUCUCUUGCAUAUUCCAAUAUAAUAAAAUAAAUUUUACUAUGUGUUUCAAAACAGGCAAGCAUGGAGACGACACCGGUGAGUGAAUAUGUGUGUAAAGAAGGGUGAGAGCAGCACAUCACAUGAGUAACAGAACCAAACACUGCUACGAUGCAGGGUAACUACACGUACAAUAAGAAAAUGUUGCACAUUGUGAACAUAUGACGGAGACUAUGGCGCAUUUUCGUCUCGUUGUUGUCUCGUCAGAUAAAAAACAGAAUUCCUAUCAUUACGUUUUAGUCUCCCGAGACACAUUUUUGGCUCGGGAGAACAGUGGACAAUUUACACAGGCCCCUCAAGACGAUCGUCCGGUUUCUGUGUCUGUUGGGUGCAAGUGGAAGUUUUUAUCCGGGCCCCCCAGACAACCGUCCGAGCAGUUUCAAUAAUUAUAUGAUGUUUUAAGACUUAAACACUGUAUUACAGUUCUGCGUGUUAUCUUACCUUUCUGUUUGUACCUUCGCCACACCAACUUUACGCCCUCAAACAAGGCCCCUUAGAGGCCUGAGAGCGGUGACACUCCCACUACCCCCUAAUUUCUACCUCUGGGUGGAGGUUCCCAAAUUCAUUUUCAUAAUCAAUUUCGCUUUGAGCCAAAAAAAAAAAAAAAAAAAAGCCCAAAGUGGAGCUCUGCGAAACUGCUGCGCCACACAACCCUUUUGGGGCAUUUACGUCUGCGUUGGCAUCGUUGAACAUUUACCGUAGACACACCAUCGAGCUUGACCUACUAAAGAUGUUUUCCAGAUUUCUAGUUUGAUUUUUCUUCUGUCAAGCUUCAUGUUUUGUUUUCUGUUUUGCAUUGACUCGAACUGGUCGAAGGUUGUAUAUGAUAGAACAGUUACUAACGUUAAAAUAAAACAUAGAACCAACAUGGAAUUUCACACUGAGUUCUCUUUAAGUUCUCUUUAAAGUCUUUCUCCAUAGUGAAAUAGCCCCGCAGAAUACAAAGCAAAACACGUAUAGACAUUUUUUGUCAUCUCAUUUAUUGGGAGUGCAAUUGUUUACUUGCCAUAUCCUUCCAUAUGGUAUCUGGUUCUUGUAGCCUGUGUGCACAAGAGUGGGAAGAUUUGCAUGAUGUUUAAAGUGUACAGUAUAACAAUGUCCACCAGUACAUGAGGUUGUUGUAUUUCAUCCAGGUUUUGCUUUGUACACUCAAUUAUUUGUCUUGUGUGCUGUUCGAGUACAUCUCACAUGAGGAAAAAACAGAGAAAUUCAUCGUGUCUUUUUAUGUCUAUGACGUUUUACCUGAUCGGCCUGAGUGUCAGUCUAAAAAAUGUAUAUGGAACAAUGCUGGUUUGGUUCAAACCAACUGAGGGACACCAGAUGUUGUGUACAGUUAAAAAAAAAAAUGAUGUUUCGACUCAAAAACUCAGUUCAGUUUGACAAAUAAAAACAUAUCUGUGAAAGGCUUGUGGUUGCAUG